AUGGUAGCUGGAAGCACGCAUCAAAAUGUACAUGUGAACCUGAGGAUACUCUACAGACUUACAAUGGACCUUUGUUCUAGAUUAAAGGUUUAUGGUUUGUGGCAACUGUUUUGUUCUUUGGAGCUUCCUCUGAUACCAAUUUUGGCAGUGAUGGAGAGCCAGAGCAUCCAAGUGAACAGAACAGCCCUGGAGAGGACGUCCGUACUUCUUGGGGCUCGUCUCAAGGAAUUAGAGCAAGAAGCUCAUUUUGUUGCAGGAGAACAGUUCCUUAUAAUGAGUAAUAAUCAGCUCCGAGAGAUCCUUUUUGGCAAGUUAAAGCUGCACCUGCUGAAUCCAGGAAAGAGUCUUCCCAAAAUGAGGCUACAGAAAUACCCGUGCACGUCGGAAGCUGUGGGCUCUGUCUCUUCGACAUGGAAUCAGACUGGAACCGUGACUGGAAGACUUUCUGCCAAGCAUCCUAAUAUCCAAGGUAUCUCCAAACAGCCAAUUCAAAUUGCAAAGCCUCAAAAUUUUAAAGGUAAAGAAGAGGAGACGCUCUCGAUCUCCCCAAGGACCAUGUUUGUCUCGUCCAAAGGCCAUACCUUCCUAGCAGCAGACUUUUCACAGAUUGAAUUGCGCAUUCUUGCGCAUUUGUCUGGGGAUCCAGAACUUUUGAAGUUAUUCCAAGAAUCUGAGAGAGAUGAUGUGUUUUCUACUCUGACCUCACAGUGGAAGGACAUCCCUGUGGAACAUGUGACACACUCAGACAGAGAGCGAACCAAGAAAGUGGUGUACUCGGUGGUCUACGGUGCAGGAAAGAAGCGGCUUGCUGCUUGCCUUGGAGUUACUGAUCAGGAAGCUGCCCAGUUUUUGGCAAGUUUUUUGCAGAAGUAUAAGAAAAUUAAGGACUUUGGCCAAGCAGUUGUGGCCCAUUGUCAACAGACAGGCUAUGUGGUGUCCCUCAUGGGCAGAAGAAGAGCCCUGCCAAAGAUCCAUGCACGUGACCCACAGUUCCGGGCCCAGGCAGAGCGACAGGCUGUGAACUUUGUGGUGCAAGGCUCAGCCGCUGACCUUUGCAAGCUGGCCAUGGUUCGCAUCUUUGCUGCAGUGGCCUCCUCCCCGACCUUGACAGCCAGGUUGGUGGCCCAGAUCCACGAUGAGCUGCUGUUUGAGGUAGAAGAUGCUCAGGUGCCCAGGUUUGCAGCUCUCGUCCAAGGGACCAUGGAGUCACUGCAACAGGUGCCCCUAAAGGUGAACCUCAGUGUCGGCCACUCAUGGGGAAAUCUGGUGCCACUGCAGGGGGCCCUGGCCCUCCCCUGGGCCCACAGGGCACUGAGCCUCCCAGCAGAAGCCCGACCACCUCUGGGUCCCACGUCAGCACCUGCCCCCUACCGCCAGCGCAUUUUUCUCCUUCAUUUUGUCUGUAGCCUCAGGCAGUGGGAGAGGCGAGCUGGUUUCCACCAGCCCAUUGUGUGGCUUUCCCCAAGGUCACCAGCUGCUUUGUAUGUUAACCCUUUGGCUGGGUGGCCUUGUCAUCCCUGGAGUAAAUGCUCAUGCAAAGCCAUCCUUGUCUUUGUCUAA